GAAUUGAGGAGGUUGGGUGCAGAAAGAGAGCAGUUGCAGUCGGUUCUUCAGCGCCAUCUGUUGUCGUGUCGGUUAAGCAAGCGGUCCUCGAGCCCGCCCGACGUGAAGCCCUUCAACGACCCGUACGAGUACCCCGCGAUAGCUGACGACGGCGUGCGAGUCAAAGUGGAGGCGGUGGAACCCGCCAUGGAUCCCGUCAUAGCGCUGGAUAGCGAUAUCUUCACUUCGCCGAUGCCAGACAAAAGGAUAAUGUUAUCGGCGGCGAACCCGGCGGUGGUGACGUCAGCAUCUGUGGUGACGCUGGAUACGCCGCCCGCCGCGCGGCCCUCGCGGCCCACCUUCCUCCACGUGCCGCUACAAGCCAACCCCGCACAGAACCACAAAAUCAAAGCGCUCGCCAACACGGACGCGCCCGGCGUGGAGAUCAGCACACCAAGCAACGGCAUCCCGUUCAACUUCGACAGCCUGAUGGAAGGCGGCACCGGCCUCACGCCCGUCCACCCGCACCCCGCGCCGCGCGCCGCUCUUGCGCCCGACCACGCCAGCCUGGUCAGCCUCUGAGAACACCUCGACGCCGCCUACCCGCUGUUCGCGGCGCUCGACGCGCUCUAGGUGGCGCCACUGACGCGGUAACGCUACCGUUAUUUUGAAUUUUCGAGUCGCGUUAUUUUUGGAUUUUUAUCUGUGGUCUGUGAUCACGCGGUUGGCUUCGAGCGUGAGCUCAAAAACACCAUUUAAAAAAUAACAUAAUAUGUGGUCUGCGACGCCAUUUUUAAAUUCAGUCAGUUCAGUGUGUACUGGACGAGAAUCGGAUUCGAAAUCGUAGCGUGUAGGCGAUUAUUAAGUUUUACCGAAAGUAAUGUUAAGCAUUUUUAAAUGGUAUAUCUAGUUUUAUGCGAGAUGACCGUAGUUAGCUAUGGGGUUUACCAAUAACUAGUCUCGAGGGAUUAGAUACUUAUUGUUGUUCGAUCAGGGGCGUCCUCCGGAGAAUUUUGUAGAUAGCGUCAGCUAUGUGUAGUGAAAUUUCAGUCAGUGUCGAGUUUAGUUCCGCAUGACGCCACUGGUCGGACCGUUGUGGCGCCACUGGGCGCGCAAGACGCGGCGGCGCCGGACCGCGUUUGAGUCCGCAGACUACGGAUUCUUUAUUUAUUCGAUGUACUCUCUCGUUCGUGCCGAUGUUCCCUUCCUCUCUCUCUAUCGUUCUUCACUCGGCCUACUGUAAGGCGAUCGGCUGUCCCUUUCUAUUUAUUGAGCUACAUUUAGGUAACGUGUUGCUCACUAUGUGCUUUUGUAUUUAUAUCGUAGUCUAAAUAUUAUAUUGGCCUAGCGUUGCCGAUCUACAGAGUCAAUUUAUGAGCUUUUUAAAGUUUAAAGGAAGAUAUUUUUAUAAAGAAAAAGAGUUUGUAAUGAUGCAGAAAUAAUAAUUGUGAUUAUGGAAAAUAAAACAGAGUUUUAUUUGAGCAUUUCAGGGAUUUUAUUUCGUGUUGUGCUUAAUAUCUAGCGAGGCUAGACUUGAUGGUGCGUUUAUAUUAAAUUAUAUGUAAAAGAUCUCUUUUACACCGUACUAUAAGAAAAGUUUCGGCACAAAUGUUUUUAAAUUCAUUGCAUACAAUCUUGUCAUAAUAAACUGUGUGCCAUUUUCUACGUCUACUCUCAAGAUAACAAUAAUGUCAAAUAUUUAGUUAACCAUUAACUAACAGAUUACUUAAAGAAUAAUUAAUAUAUUGAUUGUAAGUUAGCUCAAUGUUAAUGUAACGUAUUACCGUUCCAUUGGUUUAGAUACUGGUAGUGUAACAUUACUGUAAGCGACUUGUGAUACGUCCAGUGAUGGCCGCGCUGCGGUACGUGAAUAUGUGACUCGUGUCUUAUACAGCAAUAUUUACAAUAAAUAUGUAUUAAAUUAUACUAGCUAAAUCAUAGCAAUACAAAAUUAUGGAAAUUUUAUAGCUACACUACUCAAAAUAAAUUAUGACAUGAGUUACAAAUUUCUUAAUGCUAAGACCACUGGAAUUAAAAAUAUAUUAUAUUUAAGGCAAUAAUUAGUUUAAGGGCACUUAAAAAUUAAUUAUAAUAUUCGUAACUUAGACCAAAUUAUUACUUUACUUGCUUUAUUGUAGAUUUAUUUAAAAUCUAAGCCAAAUAUUGAUUUUAUGUCGUUAUUAUAGGUUUUAGUUGUAGCCGUCAUUUACUUUGAAGUAUUAUUGAUUAGAAACGACAGAAAUCAAUGAAUAUUUAUUUAGUGUAUAUUUAAUAUUUAUCAACAUUGUAACCUAGUGCAAUAGUGCGCGGUACUUUGCAUAUGUUUAAAGAAACGACAUUUUAUACACGCAAACGAAUGUUUAUAACGCAUAAUAUGAACAUCUAGAUACAUAAGAGAGAUGUAAUUUUUUCUAGAAAGUUUUUUCAUAACGCAAUGUAGAGUACUUUUGUAUUUUUUCAUGGAGUUAAGCAAAGCAAUACUUAUAUUUGAUAAAACUAUUGGAAAUGAUCGUCGGAUAUAGUGAAAUAUAUAAUA